UUCUAACCUUUCCAAUCUCUCUCUCUCUCUCUCUCUCUCGUUAUGGGAGGUAACAGUGUUCUGCUCGAGAAGCAAGUGAACGUAGAUAAGAAGCCAAUAGUAACAUGGGAAGAUCCAGCGGUGGCUCUUGGAACCACACGCCAUGAGUUUGGCGAGUAUGGAGGUAUCAACAUGUCAAUUGAGGCCUCAGCAACAUUCACAGUCAUGGAGCCUAAGACUAUGCACAAAUUGUUCACAGGUGAGUUAGGCCCCAGCCAAGACUUCUUCAUCUAUAGCCGUCACUUCAACCCUACUGUCAUGAACCUCAGCCGUCAAAUUGCAGCCUUAGAGGGAACAGAGGCAGCAUACUGUACCUCAAGUGGUAUGGCAGCAAUCUCAUCAGUUCUUCUGCAGAUAUGCAACACUGGUGGACAUGUUGUGGCCUCAAGUCGCUUGUAUGGUGGGACUCAUGCUCUUCUAAGCCACUUUCUUCCUAGAGUUUGCAACAUAACAACAAAUUUUGUGGAUGUUAGAGAUCAUGAGAUGGUGAAGGAAGCACUAGUAAAGGGAAGGACUAAGGUGCUUUUUCUAGAAUCCAUGACGAAUCCUACUCUUACUGUUGCUAAUAUUCCUGAGCUAUGUAGGAUUGCACAUGAUAAAGGGGUGAAGGUUGUGGUAGAUAAUACUUUCGCUCCCAUGGUGCUGUCACCAGCUAGGCUUGGGGCUGAUGUUGUCGUCCAUAGCCUCACCAAGUAUAUCAGUGGCGGGGCUGACAUAAUUGCAGGUGCAGUUUGUGGGCCGGCUAGCCUCGUGAGCUCCAUGAUGGACCUUCAUCAAGGUGCACUAAUGCUUCUUGGCCCCACCAUGAAUGCAAAGGUUGCGUUCGAGCUCUCUGAGAGGAUUCCUCACUUAGGGCUUAGAAUGACAGAGCAUUGCCACCGGGCGUUGGUCUUCGCUACAAGGAUGAAGAAAUUAGGGCUCAAAGUCAUUUACCCUGGCCUUGAAGAACACCCAGACCACACCCUAUUGAAAUCAAUGGCUAACCAGAAUUAUGGAUUUGGUGGCAUCUUAUGUGUUGACAUGGAGACUGAGGAGAAGGCGGAUGAGUUGAUGAACCGUUUGCAGAACUACACCCAAUUUGGGAUGAUGGCAGUGAGCUUGGGCUAUUAUGAAACCCUCAUGUCAUGCUCUGGGAGUAGUACUAGUAGUGAGAUGAAUGAAGAGGAGAAGAAGAUGGUUGGCAUAUCGCCGGGGAUAGUGAGGAUGUCGAUUGGGUAUAAUGGGACUCUCGAGCAGAAAUGGAGCCAAUUUGAGAAGGCACUUGCUGGAUUAAUAUAUGAUGGCAUGGUGGUUUGAGCAUGUAUAUAUAUAUAUAUAUGUAUGUAUGUAUAUGUGUGUGUGUGUGUAUGUGUUAGAGAGAGAGAGAGAGAGAGAGAGAGAGAGAGAGGUUUAUCCUAGGGACGAAGUUUCCAUUCAUCCAUGGUGGGAAGAAGAAUUCCCUUAUAGAUGGGCGUCAUUGCCUUGGAAAUAGUGGAGGAGCUAGGAUGUAUUGUUGACUGUAUAUAUAUAUAUAUAUAUAUUAAGGGGGGAGGCAGUAAUAAUGACCCUAGAUGAAUGUAUUUUUCAUUCACUUAUCUUAAGUGUUUCUUGAGUGAAUAAAUGGGUAUGGUGAUGAAAACUCAACCAAUUAUGUUUGAUGGUUUA